UUUAUCAGGCACUUGAGGGAUUGCGCGCGAGUCAGUCGUGCUUUACCCAUUCAAGAGUGAAGAUCACAAGUAUUAAACCAAAGUAUCAUUAAUUUAUUACCGAUUACUUCUAACUUAAAUUCUAUCUAUUUAAAAAUGGAAAAACUCAUAGGACGAAUUUUACUGUGUGGAGCGAUCCUGAAUCUCAGUUCAUCAAGCGCAAUCAGGGAGGAUAUCGCGAUCGUUCGUAUCUGCAAUGCCAGCGACCCCAUUGACGUACACAUAUUCAAUGACUACAUGAUGCAUCACAACUUUAAUCACUUGGAGAAUCAGGCCCAGCAUGAACUCGCUUGCUUCUUGUUAUGCAUCUACAGUGAACAUCAUUGGAUGGAUCGUCACGGCAGCUUCAAAGUUCAUAACAUCAAGUCAUGGAUGCUGAGUGCUGAGCUCCCCGAACCCGAUACGGAAAUAAUGUUGCGAAUUUGCACAAAACCUGAAUUCUCAGAUCCAUGUAAUCGAGCCCGGCAGUUCACCGAGUGCUUCUGGUCUACUAAUCAGGGAAUUCCAAGGGCCAGCUAUCACCACACGCUUCACUCGAUGAUUCGAAAAGGGGAUUUAGCAUAGCCCAGGCCCUUGGUACAGUUCCCCAGCUGUUCCAACGCCUAGAAUCACCGAUGAGCCAUCUCGUGUCAAUAAUUAAUUGUAACUUCGUCGACGUUUGCUGCACCUGUACAUCCUCCUUAUCUUCUGGAUGUCCCGUCUACUGAAUCCCUCGCGUUGCCCAAGCAUAGUAUUCGUUCUCCCCUGGAAUACUUCGCCAAUGAGAUCCAAAAGGCCAUUCCCUUCCUGGGAGGAUCACACAAUCAAGUUGUAAUAUUGUUGGAUCAUUAAUAAGAGAUUAUACACUAUUGUAUUCAAUAAUAAAACUAAAGAGAUUCAACUCUUGCGCUGAA